GUUAUCUUCGUCGUCGUUGUCGUCGGUGCCGAUAAUUUCUCACUUGUGUAAAAGUGCGUGAACUUAUGUUCGUGCCGUUGUUGUUGUUGAUCACGUGCGCAAUCCACGCGAAUGCGUACGAGAAAAAUGAUAUACGAAGCGUCAAAGAUUACAUCCUUGACACGGGGUUCCACAAGACGUCGGUCGAACGUCAGAUAUUCAAUUUCAGAAAGGGAGGCAUCAAAGUCGACGUAAAGGUGGUCCCAUUGGUCAGAGAUAAUUCAAAGAACAAAAACAACGAUUACUUUCCAGAUUUUCCUGUGAAAGACAUCGGGAAAUGCAUAAUCGAAUUUUCGCUUGACUGCAUAAGAAAACGUCUGGUUCGUUAUUUGGAGACGGUUAACAGUCUCGACGAAAUUACGUUGCUCGGACAAGAUAUAAAAUUGGUGAAAAGCAGAACGAUACGCAGAUUGAACGCUCGCUCGAUGAACAACACGGACGUCAGUAUCGAACGUAGUGUGGAUGAUUUCUUUGACUCUUACACUCUGCGUAUCACGCUACCCAGAUGGAACAGUAAACGAGAAAAGAAUCAAAUCGACGUCAUGAUGGAUGACACAGCUGUGGCAGAAGGACGAGGAAAGAAAGGGGGCGGAGGCGGUAAAGGCAAAGGCGGAUGUAAGAUGAUGAUGAUGUGCAUGAUGAUGAUGGCCAAAAUGAAGCUCGUAGGAUUGAUGGCAAUGAAAGGUAUGAUGAUGGGCGGUAUGUCCUUGAUGGUCUCUAUGAUGAUGCUGAUGCAGAAAUUAAAAGGUGGCGGCGGUGGACCUUGGCAAGGCGGCGGAGGAGGAGGACAACUGAAAGAGAUCGUGCUUCUUACAAAAGCCUCGGGCGGGGGUGGAGGUGGCGGUGGCGGGCCUAGCGAUAGUUAUGGUGCACCUCCAUCAAGUAGUUAUGGUCCCCCCUCAGGUGGCGGGCCUAGUGAUAGUUACGGUGCACCUCCACCAAGUAGUUAUGGUCCCCCCUCAGGAGGCGGCGGCGGCUACGGCGGAGGUGGAUGGGGUCGCAGCUUCCACAAGCCGAUGACAUCAGCGUACGACAAUGUGAUUAAGGCGGAAGCCGCAGACGGAUCAAAUAACAUUCCCAUGAUAGGAGAAGCUACUUCGAACACAGAAAGCAUCGAUUAUCCCGAUUAUCAGGACUAUCAAGAAAUGCCGAUUUCAAACAUGAGUUUAGCGAAUUCCAAUUGGAACGGAACGAACUAUGCGAUCGAACAUGAAAGAGCCAAUUCGAGUUUUGAAUCGGUAAAAAAUGACUUGAAAGUAGACUCGUCAGUGAACGCAAUGGGCAGGAGUUUUGGUUUUAAAAAUCCGCUUACCAACAUCGUUAAAGUGAUCGAAAAGAAGAACGCUGAUCUAACAACAAGUACAGAUCAGCCUGAUGUUACUUACGACACAAAUAUGACCUACAUGAACGAGUGGCAAGCCACAGACGAAAAAGUGCAGUCCGAUAAUGUUUUAUUGCCUUCAAACGCGAAAACCGAAUCUCAGCAAGUUGAACCACUCUCCAGAGACAUUCCCUUGAUACGUGGAAUUUAGAUUA